AUGUCGCUGUCGGAUCUGUACCAUAUAAAGCGCGCAAUUCGUCGCGAUGCGAGUAUUGGGUACCAGCCUACCGAACUGUCUGAGCAAGGCCCUACACGUCUUUGUGCGAUUUGCUUGACGAACAAGGCCGCGUAUACCUGCCCUACAUGCAAUGCGCCCUACUGUUCUCUGGCUUGUUUCCGAGCGACUUCGCAUGCUUGUUCGCCUGAAUUUUCGGUGCGAUCCGCUCGGGAGAAUGUGAGCAAAGAGGAUGCGUCUGUCGAUGAGGCGGAGCGCCAAAAGGCACUCGACAUCUUGUGGCGUCUGCAGACAGGAGAAGGUGUCGACGACGAUGUCUCCGAUACCGAGGACAUAUCGGAUUUGGAUGCCCAGCCUCCGCGCGAAGCUACAUUGGACGACUAUACCCCUGAGCAACUCCUUGGCCUGCUUACGUUGCGUGAGCGUGAGCAGUUCACUUCGCUCCUACGUGAACCGACCAAAGCAGCUGCCAUGUACUUCACCGAAGGAGAGCAGCCUUCGCAGCUUUGGUGGCAACGGCCUACUAUGCAUACGCCAUGGCUGCCUUCGCAGGCGUCGAUGUACACGACCUGCCUUCAGCACAUGUCUCGCACCUACGCUACCAAGCUGGAUUUGCGCUUCAACAUGGCUCUCUUGCUCUUGGCGUAUACCUAUAUUCUUCGGCACUUGCACAUUUCCAGCCUGGCCGAAUGCUUGCCAAGGGAUGGCGUCACGACCUGGCACGAUGACGAAGGCCCACCGCCGUUGGAAGAAGACACGCCAGACGUCCAUCGGCUUCUUCCCAUGGCCCCUACAUCGACAGAGGGCCCAGAGGUGGCUACAGUGGUCUCCCUUUUCGAGUCGUUAGCGCCCUGCUUGUUUCCAGCGACAGAGAAAGAGCGUCGACUAUGCUUGGCCUCCGCCGAGGAGGCAGGCCUGUACUUUGCGCAGCUAGUGCAGCGAGUCGACGCCACGACGUACUAUACCUCGCCGUUGCUGCUUAGUUUAUGGGACGAUCUUGUACCGCUGUUCGCACCGCAUCGUGUCCAAGAGACCAUGUCGACGCCCACGCAUGCUCACAUGCCUGUGGUCUGGGCCGCCGUCAUCACGACGUCUACAUAA